AGCUUGGUUCGGGUGCAAGGCACUUGUCGACGCACUCUGAAAGAAAGCAAUCAAGUGACACUGUCUUUCGACUACAUAUCAUUAUGGCAGUUUCUGCCAAUACCCGCAUCCUUCUCAUGCUGUACUUGCUAUUUGCCCCCGCUGUCUGUGUGCAGAAGUUCGCCAGUGCGAGCGAAACGUUGAUCAAGGGUGUGAAGUCUCAUGGUGCUUCGGGCGCAACGUUUGAUGAUAAGGCGGGCCGCAAAUUCGACGACAAAUUCGAAUCUGAUGUUCAACAGGGCUGGAAGCUCGAUGAUAAGUCGGGCGGGCUGCUUUACCAUGGUAAAGCUCAGAGCCGCGUCACGGCUUAUGAUACAGCGCAAUGGCUUGCCAUUGGCGAAAUGAACAAACUGGGUGUCACCCGGUACACGACCAACACCAUCGCGAAGAAGAAGAGAGAUGACGGCAAUUUCUUCUGGGCCGAUUCUGUCAACCGCGAGGGGAACUCCGUCUAUCAUGGCGCGAAGGACCUCACAGAGUCCGUCUCAUGGGGUUGGCACCACCCGAGCGGCCUCUACGGAACCAUCCCGGUGGGCAGCCCCCUUAUCGACGAUGAUAUGAACAUCUACCUCGCCUCCGACGAUGCGAUCCGGAAGUUCGACGUCAAUGGAACCAUCAUGUGGAGCUACGCCCCCCGAGGCCAGCUCGCAGCGGCACCCGCCUUGUCCAGUGGCUGCGCCCCCCGUCUGUCGUCCAACAUGGUGUUCGACAUCAGCGCCGAGGAGGAGGAUGCACUGCGGCCAGACUGGCUCAGGGGAAGCGGGUCAAGCACUGAGCACCCUGUACAGUUCUUCAAGGACUUCAAGGUCGGCGACCUCGUGAAAGUGAAGGCCGGUGCGAGCUACCGGGCAGACGGCAGGGAGCUCUACACGGCCGGCGAUCAGGGGCUCAUCUCUGGUGUCGUCCCAGGCGGUGAAGGCAAGUACGGCAGGGCGGUGAUCGAGUGGGUGCGCACCGGGCGCAAGAGCGCGGUGCAGUUCGACGCCAUACAGAGUCAUUUCGUGCGCGUGGAGCAGAAGGUAGCCACAUGCACCCCAGUGCUAGUCGGGAGCACCACCUCUGGAUUUGUGUUCGCCAUCGAGCUGUCUACUGGGUACGAGGUGUGGGCACUGCAGGGAUCGUCUACGAUCGCGGGCGUCAAGGGGGCUUUGGCCUCCAAGGACGGAAUCGUAGUGGUCGCGACCAACCGCUGCACUGACCGGUAUUGUUACAGGUAUCGCAACCAGACCAACGUCCUCAUGCCGGGCAACACGGUGGUGCGGGGCCUGAAUCCCGCAAACGGCAUCGAGGUCUGGAGUUUCGUGCCCGAAGCGCCCGUGUGGAACAUGAACCCAGUCUGGGGCCCAGAUGACACCGUGAUUUUCAACGACCAAGAGGGCAGCGUGUACUGCCUGACACUCUCGACCGGAAGCCAGGUAUGGAAGGGCGAUGGCAAGCUUGGGACAUACACCGAGGCAGCCGCUGUAUACGACGCGGGCAACAACGUGGUGAUCGCCCUCGGCAUGCUCCAGUACGAUGCUUUUUUGCCGCAUCGGGCACAUAAUAAUCCUGUGGGAUGCAAUCCUUAUGUAGCGCCUGGCAUCCUUCCCAGGUGCGGGAACGCGCCCUUCAAGCAAGGCUUCGUCCGUGGCUACAACGGCACUUCUGGCCGGCUCCAAUGGGAGAAAUCGAUGCCGCAACCGCCGGCCAGCGCAGUCGUUGGCCGACCAGCGCAGUCGGCGGGUUUCAAAUCACACGUGGUGCUCACCUUGGGCCACAACUGCGCACGCGGCUCCCCUACCAAAAUCCUUCUCCUGGAUCCUCUCACAGGAAGCUCUUACUCGGUCGACGGCCCGACGCUGUGGAGCGGGAUGUGUGCCGGGGACAAGGAAGGCGGCGACAUCCGCAGGGCCAUGGGCGGCCGUGCCGCGUGCAAUCCAGGCAGCUGGUCCGCACCCGUUGUUGAUAAGGAUGGUGACGUAUACGUUGGCAACCAGGUCGGCGUGUAUCAGAGGUGGGGCUCGCCGACCGGAUACGGGACAGGGACGGGGCGCAGGGACUUCCAGUUGCUCUCAAGUUUGGUGACCGGUGUGGCCUUCCAGGACGGGGCCACUGCGCUCGCCGAUGGCCUCAUGGCCGUGGCCACGUGCACCUCUCUCAUCGUCUUCCAGACGGCGAACUUCUCAGAACAGUUUGCGAACACGACCUGGAGUUUCCCGCAGCACGGCUACGCAGCGGACUUCAAUGAGUCGUCGGCGGCCUACACUCGAUGAUGCGGCGGCACCUUGCCGUACUCAUUAGGAAGAGCUUGGUCAGUGCCUCGUUGCGUUCUGGUCCGGCUUCGGCAGCAAAGGCUUCCGCGCAGGUUCUAAGCGCAGGUUUUCAGCUGCUUUUGGUUGCGGAGCGCAGGCCCUGAGCGCGCCGCAGUGGUCGUGCUACACAAACGCCAGCACAACAUACUGCCAGACAAGAGUUCCCCGUCUGCCAACUAAGGCCGCGCAUGCGCGGCACUCACGGUCAUCCAGUCAUACAGUGGUCUUCGACCCGCCCCGCCACCGUGCCUGGGUCGUGAACAGAGGCCUGGAGGACCCUGAGGAUCUUUUGGGCGACCUCUCGGCGGCAGAGGAGCAGAAGGAUCUACACAGGAGUUGUGGGUCUGGUGCAAAUGCGUCGGCGGUGCGAGGUGCAAUCGCUGAUUUCUUGUUUGUACUAGCGCGUGCAGUAGCGCGCAACAGUUGCGGAAGGCACGAACUAUUGCACGGGCAACGUAUAUUGCAUGUGGGGAAACGUUACACAGUUGCAUCCACGCGCAUUUACUGCAUGCAGCGCGCAAACUAUUGCAUCCAGGCGCCG